GGUGAGUCGCACAAAGGGGGCCACGGGAUCGAUGAAUGAACUCUGAAUACCCCAAGAACACCCGCUCACUUGUACAUCAGCCCUUGCACACAACGGUAGCGUCCAAAGACCGGUUAUUUAUCAACUACUCUAGUAUUAAACAAGGUCUGUGACACGGAAGGUAGCGAGUUGUUUUUCAGAGUUAUAUUUUAAUACCAUCCUUGGUUACCAUGAGGAAUACUUGUAUGAUUCUGCUGGUGGCGGCUGUAUUCGUGGGAGCUGGGCCGUGGGCGACUUUUGCUCAAGAUCGGGACUUCGAGAAUGACGCGAGUUACUGGAAGGAAAGCGCCCAGGCGGCCAUAAAGAACUUCGUCUCCAACCAACUCAACACCAACGUGGCCAAAAACGUCAUCAUGUUUCUGGGGGACGGUAUGGGGGUUUCCACCGUCACGGCUGCCAGGAUUCUCAAGGGCCAACUGGAGGGUCUGGCGGGAGAGGAGUCCGCACUGUCCUGGGAGGACUUUCCGCACGUGGCGAUGUCAAAGACGUACAACGUGGACCGUCAGGUGGCUGACUCUGCGGGCUCGGCCACGGCGUACCUGUGCGGCGCCAAGGCCAACUUCGGCACGGUCGGCGUGGACGCGUCGGUCCGAAGGGGAGACUGCCGGGCCAUGGGCGGGGACAAGCACAAGGUGGACUCCGUCGCCAGGCUCGCGGACAAAGACGGCAAGUCCGUGGGUGUCGUGACGACGACCCGGCUCACGCACGCCAGCCCGGCGGGGACCUACGCCAACUCGCCCGAGCGCGGCUGGGAGAACGACUCGGACAUGCCCGACCAGGCCAAGCGCGACGGCUGCAAGGACAUCGCCUCGCAGCUCAUCGAGAACGGCAGGAACUAUAAGGUGCUUCUCGGAGGAGGCCGCCGCAAUUUCUUCGACAACGCGAUCGACCCCGAGUACCCUCACGAGUCGCACACGCGCGGCCGGCGGCGCGACGGCAGGAACCUGGUGGUGGAGUGGGGCUGGGGCAAGGAGGACUUCAACACGUCUUACGUCUGGAACAAGGAGCAGUUCGACAAGAUAGACCCACUCAAGACGGACUACCUCCUCGGUCUGUUCGAGCCGAGCCACAUGCAGUACGUGACGGACACGGACCGGGCCGGGGAGCCCACCCUGACGGAGAUGACGGACAAGGCCAUCCGCAUGCUACAGAAGGACGACAACGGCUACUUCCUCUUCGUCGAAGGCGGCCGUAUCGACCACGGUCACCACAAGGGCCGAGCGACUCGCGCCCUGACGGAGACCAUCGAGAUGGAGCGGGCCGUCCAGCGGGCCAAGGAGCUGACCUCCUCCGAGGACACGCUCAUCAUCGUCACGGCGGACCACUCACACACCCUCACCAUCGGGGGGUACCCCAUGCGGGGUCGGCCCAUUAUCGGUCUUGGCCAGGCGUACGACGGCGAGGACUGGGCGCAGGACGGGCUGCCCUUCACCACGCUGAUCUACGCGAACGGACCGGGCUUCGCCGUGCACGGCAACGGCAGGAGGCACGACAUCCGCCGCGUAGAUGUCGCGGACAAAAACUACCGUCAGCAGGCGACGCUGCCGUUCCCGGACGAGUCGCACGCAGGUGAGGACGUGUCGAUCUACGCACGUGGGCCCAUGUCGCACCUGUUCCACGGCGUGCAGGAUCAGAGCUACAUCGCGCACGCCAUCAAGUACGCCUCGUGUCUCGGCGACUCGAAGGAGCACUGUCUCCAGAAGGAAGCCAGCAAGAAAAAGGCGGAAGAACAAGCUGAACGACCGCAAGCGGAGGAGAAGGAAGAAUCCGAAAUCGACGAAAAUCAUGACGCCAAGAACGUGCCGGACGUCGCUGCGUCAGAACAUGACGUCACACAUGAAGUCACACAUGACGUCUCACACAGCACCGGUCGGCCAGCCACUGAAAAACCCACCCCGAGUACAACACCGCCCCCCACAACCCCUGCCGUGCACAAGACUACCCCCUACAUCUUCACAUGUUGA